CGAUCCUUUCCAGUUUCUCCGAAACUUCUUCUUUUAAUUUAUUCUUCACUACUGGAUCUAAUCCAAUCCCUUUGCUUUACUAUACUUUACUAUUUCACUGCACACAUAUUCACAGAGGCCUUCGUGGGCUCAGGCCUAACGGGGGGAUACUGUCAUAUGCAUGCAAUUCACCCAAUACGCUUCCCGGCCCGGCCCGGAGCGGCCGGACUUCGGAUUAAUAACCUUUUAUUUAUUAUUCCGAGCUUUCAUCGAGGUCUUCUGACUGUAUCUGGGAUGUAUAUAAGCUAGAAUACUUUGUACGUUGUAGUCAAGCUU